AUGACCGACUAUUAUGCCGGACUAAACCAGGGCCAACAAAAUGACUCCCAAUGGUUCAGCGGUCCGAAUUCCGGGUGGGUGCAGUCGGAUUAUAACCAAAGCUAUGGAAAUACAGGUAAUUUAUUUUUUUUUGUGGUUCUUAGGCAAUAAAAGGUGGAGAAGCUCAUGAAAGAUUUUUCAGAGCAAACUUAUGAUCCUUAUGCCCAGAAUCAAUCUCAGUUUAACCAGCAACAACAGAACUUCUAUGGCAAUAUGUUUAUUCCGAAUGCAGCGGCAGAACCCUCCAAAGUUGGUGAAGAAGACUUUGAGAACGAACCUCCUUUGCUUGAGGAGCUCGGAGUGAACUUUGACCAUAUCCGGCAGAAAACGUUUGCCGUGUUGAACCCAGUUGGUUAUGCCUCACCUGAUGUGAUCGCGGAUCAAGAUUUGGCUGGUCCACUGGUAUUUUGCUUGCUUCUGGGGGCUUCCUUGCUUCUAAAUGGAAGAGUAAGUCGUUUUCUCUCUAUUCAGGGUGUUCUUGUUCCAAUUUUAGGUAUACUUUGGCUACAUUUACGGGAUUGGUAUGUUGGGUUGCCUUGGAAUGUACGCCCUUUUAAACUUGAUGUCCGAGGAAAGAUCGAUCUCGUUUACAUGUACAGCAUCCGUACUUGGGUAUUGUUUGUUGCCAAUGUCUUUACUUGCCAUUUUGGCAACUGUUUUCUCAUUUGCGGUAAGAUUCGAUGUUCUACUAGAUAACAGCUUAAAAAACCUAAAUUUUGCUCAGUAACUCCAAUGAUUUUUCUGUUUUUAGACUUACUUUGGAUAUGCGGUUGCCCUAGCCGUCAUAGCGUGGUGCGCAUUGUCCUCAGCUAAACUAUUUUCAAUCACCUUGAACAUGGAGGGACAAAAACUUCUCGUUGCCUAUCCUUGCUCAUUGUUGUACGCAGUUUUUGCUCUCUUGGCCAUAUUUUGA